GUUUUACUUGUCAUUUCAAGUAGCCAAUCAAAAUUUAAAAUACGCGCUAAAAUAAAAAGCGCUGCCAACCUCUUUUAUUCAUGGGUCAAUAACAGUGUUGUACAAUAUAUAAAAUCCACAUGUCCUCAAAUUAGUAUGACCGUAAGUCACUGCUGCAAAAUUCUAAAAUGUGCCCAAAUUAAUUACAAAAACCAAUUUAAUGAAUUUCGGUCACACCUUAUCGAGCUAGCAUUCAACUUUAUUAGACAUCUGUUUAAAAAUUAACUAGAAAAAUGAGCAACGAAGCGGCUAAAGCCCAGAUCUCCCAGGAAAAAAUUGUUGCCCAGUUCCAACAGCUACGGAAUGAACAAAGAAACUUGGCAAACAGCCUCAAUACGCUAGAAAUGGAUCUGCGCGAACACAAAACUGUGAUAGAAACACUAAAUGCAGCGGAUCCGGACCGCAAGUGUUUCCGUCUCAUUGGUGGCGUGCUGUGCGAACGGACUGUUAAAGACGUCCUGCCCCAGCUGAUGGACAACAAGGAUUUCAUUGCGAAAACCAUUUCAACGGUAACAGUUGAUCUGAGCAAAAAGGGUGUGGAACUUAACAAAUUCAAAGAGGAGCACAACAUCAAAAUACGCGGUGAACAAAUAGGCACCGAGGCCAACAAGUCGGCGGACUCAGAUAACGCCAGCAAAUCGGAGAAUCGCAACGUGCUAGUCUCCUAAUUAACCCAACAAAGGAAUACCAAACAGCAGACGAAACGUGAAAUGUGAACGAAGCGUAUUUAUUGUGUCCAUUGAGGUUCUUUGUGCGGCGGCACUACAAUAAUUAAUGCAUUGAUUAUGAUUCUAAUGUUAUAUGUAAUUUUAGCUAUAAGGCGCCGUUACACACAAAAACGCCACCAUCCAUGCCCCCCUCACAUCCCUACACCCAUCCAGCCAUCCACCCAUACAUUCACACACUCACCCAGCCAGCCCACAAUUAAAACGAAAAGAGCUAAUUUGAAAUGGCAAAUG